UGAGACGAGCCUGUCUCGCAACAACUUUAAUGAACUGAACUGGUUCACUAUCAAGCUUGCAUGCAGUGCGCCAACCGAUCAACCAUGACCCAUGGGUCUCAACUACUGCAACAUUGGGCCAACUCCAGUAGCUCGAGCUCAGUCCCAGUCGACAGACCAGGACUGGCAGCUUCAGCGAGCCGCCAAACCCCCACCCACUCCCGGCCGGAACCGAGGUGCAUGGUGACCUGCCAGCGGCAGCGCCGAUAUGAUCAAACCUGCCCCACCGGCCGGUCGCCCGUCCCCCUCGCGGCCAACCGCGCCCCGCCGGGCGCCGGCCGAUCCCAGCCCUGUUCCUUACUAAACCGACGGUUGCCGCGCGCCCACUCCACCUCAAACCGUCUGCUUCUGCUCAGGCACGUCCGCGCCCCACGCCCAUCGGCUCCCACUCUCUCCCACCAACUUUGAAGCACUCACUUCACUCGCGCUUGCUUCAGCUUCACCCACGCCAACGCAGGCAAGUACGCGACCAUUCCCCCCUCGCCAAGCGCGCGGGAAGAACCAACCAACCAGAACCAUGGCCAUGGCCACGGCCGGCGCCGUCAUCGCGGCAUGCAUCCUGGCGCUGCUGGCCCCGCCGCCGGCGCGCGCGGCGGGCGGCGGGCGGUGCGCGGGUGAGUCCUUCUCCGCGAACCGCGCCUACGCGGCGUGCAACGACCUGCCCCGCCUCGGCGCGUCCAUGCACUGGACCUACGACCGCGCGUCGGGCGACCUCCACGUCGCGUUCGUCGCCGCGCCGGCCGCGCCGGGCGGCUGGGUGGCGUGGGCGCUCAACCCGUCGGGCGACGGCAUGGCGGGCGCGCAAGCGCUCGUGGCGGGGCCCUUCCCCGACGGCGGCGGCACGUGGGCCGUGCGGACGUACAACGUGUCCGGGUACGCGCUCGGGGAGCCCGGGCCCAUCGCGUUCCCGGCGUCGGACCUCGCCGCCGAGCUCGGCGCCGACGGCCGCGUCAGGGUCUUCGGGACGCUCGGCCUCGGCGCCGCCGCCGUAGGCGGCGGGGGCGUGCUGCUGAACCAGGUGUGGCAGGUCGGCGCCGCCGUCUCCAGCGGCGGCGUCCCGGCGCCGCACGCCAUGGGGGCGGACAACCUCGCCGCCAAGGCCAAGCUGGACCUGCUGAGGGCGACCACCGUAGCCGCCGGAGCCGACAGCGCCACCAGGAAGCGCAAUAUCCAUGGAGUCCUGAACGCCGUGAGCUGGGGCCUGCUGCUGCCCAUGGGCGCCAUCUUCGCGAGGUACCUCAAGACGUUCCGGGCGGCGGACCCGGCGUGGUUCUACCUCCACGUCACCUGCCAGCUGAUCGGCUACGGCGUCGGCGUCUCCGGCUGGGCCACCGGCAUGAAGCUCGGCAAGGAGUCCAGGGGCGUCACCUACACCGACCACCGCAACAUCGGCAUCGCAGUCUUCGCUCUCGGCACCCUUCAAGUUCUGGCGCUGUUCCUGCGGCCGAAGAAGGAGCACAAGUUCCGCGUGUACUGGAACACGUACCACCACUCGGUGGGGUACGCCGUCAUCGUGCUGGGCGUCGUGAACAUCUUCAAGGGCAUGAGCAUCCUGGGCGUGGAGCAGCGGUGGAGGACAGCCUACAUCGCCGCCGUCUGCGUGCUGCUCGUCGCCGCCGCGGCGCUGGAGGCCGUCACGUGGGGCGUCGUCCUCAGGCGGCGCAAGGCCGACGGCAAGACCUUCAGCAGCGCACCCAACGGCCACCUGCCGCAUUCCGUCUCCGUGUGAGUGGGCUCUCGAUUGUAUUUACCGGAUUGUUAUCCUUAGUGGCGUGUGUGACUACGAUAGUAGGUUUAGAGUUUGCUGGGGUUUUGGCCUGCCGGCUUGUAUUGUAUGUCCGUUUUGGACGGUCCUCUAUUGCUCUGCAUACGUACAUGCAUACAUGGCAUUUUUGUGUAUGUGUAUGCAUCCCCUUCCCU